AUGCCGACACCGCCGGGGCUCAAUGUCGAAAGUCUCUACCAGGCGCUGGGGGCGGCCGCCAAGGCUGGUGCCAGCGAACUGGAACAGGAGCUGAGAAGGAAUCACCAGCGCCGUAGACGUCUGUGGGUGGUCCAGAUCUUCGCCCUGGUGCUGAUGCUUCUCUUUGCCCCCCUGUUGUCCCUGGACGUGGUGCGGGAGGUGCUGGGGGUGACACAGGAGACCCACCUCGUCCCCUGCCUGGCCACCAUCACCCUCCUCUGCCAGGUGGCCCUGUGGGGUGCGGGGAUAUCCAAACGUCACUUGGCCACCGCCGCCAGCCACCAGCGUCACCAAGCCCUCCGCUACCGUCGCCUGGCUCGGGAUGCCGCCGCUGCCGCCGCCGCCGCCACCGAGGCCAGCGAGGCCAUCGCCGCUGCCAAUGUCACCCUGGGGAUGUUGGAGGAGGUAACCAGUCACUUGAGGUCACUGGUGGACGCUGUCACCCAGGACCUGGAGAUGGCCCGGGGCUUCUCUGCCAGCGCCCGUGCCCUUGGGGACGCUGUGGUGGCCUUGGGGACAGUGAUGGGGGACAAGGAGGGGACACAGAGGUUGGCCCAGGCAUUGGAGGCUCUGCCAGGGGAUGAGUAGGGACGGGGACACCGGCAGGACGUCCCUUCUCCGUCCUGAGGACACCGGGAUGUCCCUCCUCCUGGGGACAUUGAGGACAUUCCCUUUGUGGUCCAAGGACACAAGGGACGAGUUGGUGACACCGUGCCCUGUCCUCCAAUAAACCUCAGGAACACA